AUGCCAGGCGCUAAUCGAGGCCUUCCCUCGGCAAAGCGUACGAGAGACUAUUCCGGGGACGCUGCGCGGAAAAGAGUGGCUCGAGCAGCUGAGACCGCGGAAGAGCGCGUGCAGCGAAUUGAGCAGCAGGCCGCCCGCCAAGCCGCCGCCCGAGACCGAGAGACGACUGCUGAGCGCCAGCAGCGACUCGCAGAGGACACCGCCCGUCACGCCGUGGCCCGAGAUCGAGAGACGACUCCUGAGCGCCAGCAGCGACUCGCAGAGGACGCCGCCCGUCACGCCGUGGCCCGAGACCGAGAAACGACUCCUGAGCGCCAGCAGCGACUCGCAGACGACGCCGCCCGUCACGCCGUGGCCCGAGACCGAGAAACGACUCCUGAGCGCCAGCAGCGACUCGCAGAGGACGCCGCCCGUCACGCCGCUGAUCGGCAGCGGGAGGACCGCGCCGCGUUCCUGGCAGCAGACGCCGAGCGGCACCGCCUGCAGCGGGAGGAGCUCCGCCGCCGCGCGCCACACAAGCUGGCGCUCAUCUACAGCCGCGAGGCGUACGUGGCGCCACCUCGCCUGCAGCUGGGCCAGAUGGAGGUCGUUUGUGCCCACUGCGGCGCGCUCCGCUGGCGUCAGGAGUCGCCCGGCGCCUGCUGUCACUCCGGCAAGGUGGCUCCACCCUUCCACCCACCACCGCCUGAGGUGCUGUGUCAGCUCUUCUCGCCAGAGUCGCCACACCAUCGGCACUUCACACAGCAUCUCAGAGCGUUUAAUAGCGCCUUCCAGCUGGCUAGCAUGGGCUGCCAGCAGGUGCGACAGCCAGGCUGGAACCCCGUGUUCACGGUGCACGGCACCGUGUGCCACCGUAUCGGGAGCCUGCUGCCGGCGGAGGGCGCUCAGCCGGAGUACCUACAGAUUUACUUUUACAACAGGGAGCUGGAAGCACGGAUGGACCUGUACGAGAAUCUACACCCAGAAGUGCUCCAGCAGCUGCAGGAGAUGCUGCACGACAACAACAUCUACGUGCGCGGGCUUCGCUCGGCUCUUGAGCUGGUGCGCCGAGAGGACCAACCCCUCAGAAUCGUUCUGAGCGCACAGCGUCGGCCCGCCACGGAGCACGAGCGCCGCUUCAACUUGCCAGAGACCGGCGAGGUGGCGGUCUUGAUGCCCGAGGAGCCGCAUGGCGUCCGGGACAUCGUCCUGCACCACCGAGACGGCGGUGUGGAACGGAUUAACGAAUACCACCGCAGCUACGACCCCCUGCACUACGUGCUGUUACACCCUCACGGCACCGACGGCUGGUCCCUAGAAAUGAAGCACGCCAUGAACAUAACAGCAACAGAGUACUACGCGUUCCAUCUGCGCUAUCGUCCAGGCCAUUUCAAUUUGAUCGCCAGAGGCCAGUCACUCUUUCAGCAGCUACUGGUGGACGCCUUCGCGAAAAUCGAAUCGGACCGCCUCUGCUACCUGCGCCAACACCAGCCGGCACUGAGGACAGAGACGCUGCGCGGCCUGACGGACGCCAUUCAUGCCGGUGACGAGCACGGCGCUGAUGUCGGACGCAUCGUGCUGCCGGCAUCCUUUACCGGCAGCGCCCGCUACAUGGUCGCCAAGCUCAACGAUGCCAUGGCGUACGUUCGCGAGUUUGGAGGUGGUGACCUAUUCAUCACGGUCACGUGCAAUCCAAUGUGGGCGGAAAUUAAGGACACCCUGCGACGCCUGUACCCGGGACAGCAGCCUUCUGACCAUCCAGAGGUGGUGUCACAAGUUUUUCGCCAGAAGCUGCGCGGCCUCCUGCACCUGCUCCGAGACGGCGCGGUCUUCGGUCAGGUCCGUGCCUUCAUCAGCUGCAUCGAGUGGCAGAAGCGCGGCCUCCCUCAUGCCCAUAUCGUCCUGUGGUUGGAGCCAGACGACAAGCCUCGGCCUGACACCGUCGACCUGUUCGUCUCGGCCGAGAUCCCGGACCCGAUAACAGAGCCAGAGCUCCAUGCUGUCGUCACCAGCAAGAUGGUGCACGGCCCGUGCGGUGCCCACCGGCCAGCGGCCCCGUGCAUGGCUGAUGGCGCCUGCACAAAGCGAUACCCGAAGCAGUUCGCCGCUGUCACCGAGGUGAACGACACGGGGUACCCGCAGUACCGCCGCCGCAGCCCGCUGGACGGCGGGCGCACCGUGCAGCUGGCCGGCCGACCCGGUGGUCCUAUCACUGUGGACAACCGCUGGAUUGUGCCAUACAAUCCCCUACUCAGCCGCGCACUGCAGUGCCAUGUCAAUGUGGAGCUCAUCACCCAUGCCUUCACCUGCAUUCGUUACGUCCUGAAGUACGUGACGAAGGGAAGCGACCAGGUCAUGUUCGCAGUGGCACCAGGUGAGCCGGCGGUGGUCGACGAGAUAGCGACCUUUCAGCAGGGCCGCUAUCUGAGCGCCAUGGAGGCCGCCUGGCGCCUGCUCCAGUACCCAAUCCACGAGCACCUGCCCACAGUAGAAGCGCUGCCGGUCCACCUUGGCGGUCAAGACCGAUUGGUAAGGUUCCACGCCGACGACCAGCUACGGCAAGUGAUUGACAGGCAGGAGCAGUCUAAGCUCACCAGCUUCUUUAACAUCUGCGCAGAGGACGAGUUCGCCGCUACUCUGCUCUAUCAUGAAGUCCCCAGGUACUUUACAUGGCAGACGGCGACAAAAAGCUGGAGGCGGCGGCGGCGGGGAGCACCACAUCCAAACGUGCCGGGGAUAUUCUCCGCACGGGCUCUCGGCCGUGUUUACGCGGUGAGCCCACGCGCCGGGGAACGCUUCUUCCUGCGCCUUCUCCUGCACAACGUGCGGGGGCCGCGCUCAUUUGAGGCGCUCCGCACUGUCAACGGUCAAGUGCGUGACACCUUUCAGGAGGCCUGCUCGGUGCUCGGUCUGCUGGAGGACGGCCAGCACUGGCAUCGGGCCAUGGCGGAGGCAGCCGAAAUCACCUUCCCCCGGCAGCUGAGGUGCCUCUUCGCACUCAUCACCAUCGAGGGCCGCGCCAGCUGCGAUAUUCAGCUGCUGUGGCGCAACUUCCGCACAGCCAUGUCGCAGGACGUGCGGCGGCGCCUUCAGCGGCUCGGCCGGCUGGAACAUGACGCCGAUCUCGACGACGAUGACCCCAUGGACGGCGGUGGUGACGACGCACAACACCCCGUCUUCUCCGAGACACUGCGGCUGAUCGGCCGCCAGCUCCGGCGCAUCAGUGGCCUGGCCCUGUCCGAUGUCGGUCUGCCACAGCCGCCGGACGCGCCUGCCCAGGCCCCCGAAGAAGAGGACAACCAGCCGAUCGACCAUCACCAGCGACUGGUGGACGAGCGUGUGCCUCUACUCACACAAGAUCAGCGGGACGUCUACGACGAAGUCACGCGCCGUCUGGCCACCGGCGAGGGCGGGCUGCUGUUCCUACAGGCACCUGGUGGAUGCGGUAAAACGUUCCUAGAGAAUGUUUUGCUGGCAUCUGUGCGUGCCGCCGCCGGAGAGGCCAUAGCCGUGGCUACGUCUGGCAUAGCAGCCAGUCUGCUGGAUGGAGGGACGACCGCCCACUCGAGGUUUAAGAUCCCCAUCUCGCUAACGGACACCUCCACGUGUGACCUAAGUAGGAGAGGAGAAGCGGCCGAUACCAUCCGCCGAUGCCUCCUGCUGGUGUGGGACGAGGCAGGCAUGGCCCACAGGCGUGCCAUAGAGGCCGUGGACCGGACGCUGAGGGACUUAAGGGACACCGACCGGCCGUUCGGCGGUCUGCUGACUCUGUUUGCCGGUGAUUGGCAACAGAUCCUGCCGGUCGUGAAGGGUGGUGCGCGGCAUCAGGUUGUCGGUGCCUGCCUCAAAGCAUCCCCGCUGUGGCAGUAUGUGACAUGCCUCACGCUGCGUACAAACAUGCGCGUGCAGCUACAGGGUGACCUCGAGGCCGGCGAGUAUGCCACCUUCCUGUCGCAGCUCGGUUCCGGCCGGCUUCCUCUAUGCCCUGGCACACUCGACAGCGUGACGGUUCCGCCAACGGUGCUCAGCCCGGCGCGAUCACUCGCCGAGCUGGCCGAGCGCAUCUACCCCGAUCUGGCCCAAAAUUGUCAAAAUCUUGAGUGGCUCGAAGAGCGCACUAUUCUGACAGUCCUCAAUUCGGAUGCUAAAAUCAUCAACGACCACGUCAUGGAGAGCAUGCCAGGGCAAGAGAAGGUGUACGACAGCGUCGACACCAUGACCGACACAAACGCCGUGCCAUUAACAGCGGAGGUACUGAAUAAGAUAGAAAUUUCCGGCCUACCACCUCACAAAAUUCGCCUGAAAGCCGGCGCACCGGUUCUUCUCAUGCGCAACUUGGACGCACCGCGCGCUGUUAACGGUACACUGUGCGUGGUCAAAACCCUGGGUGACAACGUCCUCGAGCUGAGCGUGCUGACCGGCCCUGCUCGGGGUGAGAGUGUGUUCGUUCCGCGCAUCCCACUCGAAUCUUCGUCUGACUCUGGCCUGGGGUUUUCAUUCCGGAGGCUACAGUUCCCUUUGAGUGUAGCCUUCGGAAUGACUAUCAACCGGAGCCAGGGUCAGACAAAGAAGCGAGUUGGCGUGUACCUGCCCUCGCCAGUCUUUACUCACGGCCAGUUGUAUGUGGCGAUGUCGAGAGUGGGCGCCGCUGCCGGCGUGGAGGUGUUUGUAGCGGGCACCUCCACCCGCAAUGUCGUGUACCAAGAGGUCUUGGAGUAGUGAGUGGUAUCCCUGACACGGCAGUAGUUCAGAGAGCAGGGCGCACGUCUCAUAUACGUCACACCCAUCUAUUAUGGGUCUGGUAUGUUGAUUGUCUGCUGCUGUGUGUGUCAUUAAAAUAAGGUAUUGGGUGCUAGAUGCCGCCAGAGUAUACUGUGCCUUCUUUUGUGCAGUUAGGCGGUCAUGGUGGAGGUCUUAUAUGAGUCACACUCCUGUGUUACGGGCCUGUUGUGUGUUUGCCCAUGUGAGUGGUGUGUGUGUGUCUGCUGCGUCGAAACGAACGCUGCACUGAACGAGAUCAUUGUGAUACA